UCGCGCACCUCUUGGGCCGCCCCCUCCUCUCCGACUCCCAAUCUUUUUUUUUCGGUCUCUCGGCGGGCUUGGAGUGGUUGCCAUGGAGACGGGGCUCCCGCCGCCGCUGCUGCUGUUCUUAGGCCUGUGCGGCCUGGCCAGGUUCGCGAGCUUGGCGGGGGUCGCCAAUGUCACCCUGCCGCGACCCCCCAACCUGGUCCUGCUGCUAAUGGACGACAUGGGCUGGGGUGACUUAGGUGUGUUUGGGCAUCCUUCCAAAGAAACUCCAAAUUUAGACCAGAUGGCUGCAGAAGGGAUGCUUUUCUCAAGCUUCUACACUGCCAACCCUCUCUGCUCUCCAUCAAGGGCAGCGCUCUUAACUGGUCGUCUUCCUAUCAGGAAUGGCUUCUAUACCACAAAUGCUCAUGCCAGAAAUGCCUACACCCCCCAGGACAUAACAGGGGGCAUCCCAGAUUCUGAGUGGCUCCUUCCAGAAUUGCUGAAGAAAGCAGGCUAUGUCAGUAAGAUCGUUGGCAAAUGGCACCUUGGCCACAGACCUGAGUUCCAUCCCUUGAGGCACGGAUUUGAUGAGUGGUUUGGAUCCCCUAACUGCCAUUUCGGACCUUACGAUAAUAAAGUUGCUCCAAACAUCCCCAUUUAUAGGGACUGGGAAAUGAUUGGCAGGUAUUAUGAAGAUGUAAAAAUUGACCAUAAGACAGGGGAAGCCAACCUAACUCAAAUGUACUUACAGGAAGCCCUUGAUUUCAUUAGCACACAGCAAGCCAGCCAACAGCCGUUCUUCCUAUAUUGGGCAAUCGAUGCCACUCAUGCUCCUGUGUAUGCCUCCAGGGAGUUCUUGGGCACAAGCCAACGAGGGCGAUAUGGUGAUGCAGUGCGAGAAAUUGACAGCAGCGUUGGGAAAAUACUUAGUCAUCUUCAAAAACUGGACAUAAGCAACAACACCUUGGUGUUUUUCACGUCUGACAACGGUGCUGCCCUUAUUUCAGCUCCUGAACAAGGUGGUAGCAACGGCCCUUUCCUAUGUGGCAAGCAAACUACAUUUGAAGGUGGCAUGAGAGAGCCAGCAAUUGCCUGGUGGCCGGGACAUGUACCUGCUGGGCAGGUGAGUCAUCAGCUGGCUAGCGUGAUGGAUCUCUUCACCACCAGCCUCGCACUGGCAGGACUGCAGCCUCCCAGUGACAGACAGAUUGACGGAAUCGACCUUUUGCCUGUCAUCCUGCAAGGCAAGUUAAUUGACAGGCCAAUCUUUUAUUAUCGUGGCAACGAGAUGAUGGCAAUACGGGUUGGGCUUUACAAGGCUCAUUACUGGACCUGGAGCAAUUCCUGGGAGCAAUUCAGCAAGGGUAUCGAUUUCUGCCCCGGACAAAAUGUUUCCGGAGUCACAACCCAUGACCAAGAGGAGCACUCCAAACUUCCACUGCUGUUUCACUUGGGAAGAGACCCCGGGGAAAAGUAUCCAAUAAGCUUUGCAAGUGCUGAAUACCAAGGUGUUCUGGCAAGAAUCUCCCCCAUCGUCCAACAGCACAAGGAGACGUUGCUGCCUGGGCAGCCUCAGCUGAAUGUAUGUGACAAGGCCAUCAUGCACACUGCUCCCUUCCAACACAGGCUCCUCUCAGAAACUGCCCAGAAUUGGGAGUUGAAAGAGACGCGUUUCCUGGAGCUCGUGAACCCUUGUGGAUCUGAUGUGGCAGAGCAUCUUUGAGCCAUCUGAAAAAAUCUUAGGCACUGAUACUAGUGUUAAGCGUCUCUAAUGGACAUUUACAGUGUUGCUUAAACUGAAUCCUUGUAGGCUGCUUGGGCAAAGACUUCUCACAGUCUGCAGUGUCAGCAACAUUACAGUCUAUUUGUUAUAUUACCUCCCACACCCUCUGCUGGCCAACUUUGGACCACCCACCGUCAAUCUUCUGAUCUCAUAAUGGUGUCAGGUGAUUGACACCUUCCAAAGUUUAAAGGAGGCUUCUGCAACUGCCAAACAGCUGAUCGGAGAUUACAGCAACCUCCUUUCAAGUGCACUUUCAAGGCAAAUCAGUUGAUUGGUGCUGGGAACCCAAAGACCUCCUGAUAACUGCCAGUCAGCUGACCUUCAUCCUGUGACUGCAAUUUGUUUUAAACUGUUUUUAAUAUUGAAAUUUAAAUUGCUGUAACCUGCCCUAUGAUGAAGGGUGGGUAAGAAAUUAAUAAUAAUAAUAAUAAUAAUAAUAAUAAUGGGAGCUCCUUUGAAGUCUUUGCAGAGGAGCAUUUUCCCUUCUGCAGAGAAAAUUGCUUGUAUUCAAAGUGCUUCCUCCAGCCCUUUGAACACAAGCUGCUUCCUCAAGGGGGAAAAGUGCUUUUUCUUUCAUUCUUUCUUUCCCGAGCAAGUAUUUUGUAUUCAAAGCAAUAAGGAAGCGCUUCAGACCAAAGCUAUUUUCUCCAGCCCCCUUGGCUGCACUGGGGAAAUCCCUAGCGGAGCCAAUCCCAGCUGAUGGUUAGGGCUUCAUCUGUGCACAGCGCUCUUCAAGCCCUGACCAUCAGGUGAUCAUCGGAGUUGGCAGAGAUCCCUGUACUGCACUUUGAAAAGGGCUUUGCAGGCAGCCUUUUUGUCCCAGCUGUGAUUUACCUGCCCCACACCUGGUGUAACACAUGACAUCAGAUGUAGAGCAGAUGGAUGUGGCUUGGCCAAAAUGGCCUGGCGGGCUGGAGGUCCCCCACCAUUGGCCUAUAUUAGCAAUAGUUACUACCUAUGAUAGCUAAAUGGAACGUCCAUGUUCAGAGGCAGUCUACCCUUGAAUGCCAGUUGCUGUGAGGGAGGGAAUAUCAGGGAAGGGCUAUUACCCUCACGUCCAGCUUGUGGGCAUCCUGGAAACAUCUGGUUGGCCACCACUGGAAACAAGGCUGGACUCAGUGCACCAUUCUGGGUUCUUCCACUAUGCAAGCCUCUGUUGCCAACAUUCCUUUCAAGAAUUGGGUCCUAAAUGGUUCCAAAUUUAUGUUUUAAUGAAGUACCAAAGAUUAAUAUGAAGGAGUGACUGUUUUUAGUAAGAUUAGGGCAUAGUUCUUUACCUUUACUGUUAACUUUCCAAAAAUAGUUUUGUCAGGUUUACAACUUUUUAGCCUGUGAUUGUUAAGAAAUUGAGGCCAAUAUAAUAUCUGAUCUGCA